GUGUGUGGGGUGUGUGUGUGUGUGUGUGUGUGUGUGUGUGUGUGUGUGUAGCUGGGCUGUCUCAGUGCUAUCCACAGGGAAGCUCCUAUAAAGGGCUCCAUCUCUGGCCUCACAGCUAUCAGAUCAUUGAGAUGUGGAAGCUGUUGCUGUGGGUUGGGCUGGUUCUUGUGCUGAAACACCACGAUGGUGCUGCCCAUAAACUGGUGUGUUAUUUCACCAACUGGGCACACAGUCGGCCAGGCCCCGCCUCGAUCUUGCCCCAUGACCUGGACCCCUUUCUCUGCACCCACCUGAUAUUUGCCUUUGCUUCAAUGAACAACAAUCAGAUUGUUGCUAAGGAUCUCCAGGACGAGAAAAUUCUCUACCCAGAGUUCAACAAACUAAAGGAGAGGAACAGAGAGCUGAAAACACUGCUGUCCAUCGGCGGGUGGAACUUUGGCACCUCAAGGUUCACCACUAUGUUGUCCACAUUUGCCAACCGUGAAAAGUUUAUUGCUUCAGUUAUAUCCCUUCUGAGGACACAUGACUUUGAUGGUCUUGAUCUUUUUUUCUUAUAUCCUGGACUAAGAGGCAGCCCCAUGCAUGACCGGUGGACUUUUCUCUUCUUAAUUGAAGAGCUCCUGUUUGCCUUCCGGAAGGAGGCACUGCUCACCAUGCGCCCAAGGCUGCUGCUGUCUGCUGCUGUUUCUGGGGUCCCACACAUCGUCCAAACAUCCUAUGAUGUGCGCUUUCUAGGAAGACUCCUGGAUUUCAUCAAUGUCUUGUCUUAUGACUUACAUGGAAGUUGGGAAAAGUUCACAGGACAUAAUAGCCCCCUGUUCUCUCUGCCUGAAGACCCCAAAUCUUCGGCAUAUGCUAUGAAUUAUUGGAGAAAGCUUGGGGCACCCUCAGAGAAGCUCAUCAUGGGGAUCCCCACCUAUGGACGCACCUUUCGCCUCCUCAAAGCCUCUAAGAAUGGGUUGCAGGCCACAGCGAUCGGACCAGCAUCUCCAGGGAAGUACACCAAGCAAGCAGGCUUCUUGGCUUAUUUUGAGAUUUGUUCCUUUGUCUGGGGAGCGAAGAAGCACUGGAUUGAUUAUCAGUAUGUCCCAUAUGCCAACAAGGGGAAAGAGUGGGUUGGCUAUGACGAUGCCAUCAGCUUCAGUUACAAGGCGUGGUUUAUAAGGCGAGAGCAUUUUGGGGGGGCCAUGGUGUGGACAUUGGACAUGGAUGACGUCAGGGGCACUUUCUGUGGCACUGGCCCUUUCCCCCUUGUCUACGUAUUGAAUGAUAUCCUGGUGCGGGCUGAGUUCAGUUCAACUUCUUUACCACAGUUUUGGCUGUCAUCUGCUGUGAAUUCUUCAAGCACUGACCCUGAAAGGCUGGCUGUGACCAAGGCAUGGACCACUGAUAUUAAGAUUUUGCCCCCAGGAGGAGAGGCUGGGGUCACUGAGAUCAAUGGAAAAUGUGAAAAUAUGACUAUAACCCCUAGAGUUACAACUGUGACCCCUACAAAGGAAACUGUAUCCCUUGGAAAGCACACUGUAGCUCUAGGAGAGAAGACUGAGAUCACUGGGGCAACGACCAUGACUUCUGUGGGUCAUCAGUCCAUGACCCCUGGAGAGAAGGCCCUGACCCCUGUGGGUCAUCAAUCUGUGACCACUGGACAGAAGACCCUGAUCUCUGUGGGUUAUCACUCUGUGACCCCUGGGGAAAAGACCCUGACCCCUGUGGGUCAUCCAUCUGUGACCCCUGUGAGUCAUCAGUCUGUGAGCCCUGGAGGAAUGACUAUGACCCCUGUCCAUUUUCAGACCGAGAUCCUUAGACAGAAUACAAUGGCCCCUAGAAGGAAGGCUGUAGCCCGUGAAAGGGUGACUGUCCCCUCCAGAAAGAUAUCAGUCACCCCUGAAGGGCAGACUGUGCCUUUAAGAGGGGAGUAUUUGACUUCUGAGGUGGGUACUCGCCCCCAGGAUGGGUAACUUGGGUCUUUAGAGGGAAGCUGAAAACAGGAUGAUGCUGUCCUCCAGCCCUGUCAUCCAGCUCCCAGAACAUACUCCUCAAGCUUUUGACAACCACUUUGUUCCUGUCUAUGGGAACCAUUCCUCUGUCAACUCAGUAACCCCUCAAACAAGUCCUCUUUCUCUAAAAAAAGAAAUCCCAGACAACUCUGCUGUGGAUCAAGGAGCCUAAGCCCUGCUGGUGUCAGAAACCAGGGAAAACCCUUGUCUUUUCUUCUAAGUGACAUGCUUCCUCAUCCCGGAGCAAAACAGGCAUCAAAACCACAAUAGGCCAAUCUCUUUUCCAUUAAAUAAACUGUAAACGCAAGAACCCA